CAACCGACUGGGCCCAUAACUUUUUUAUCAACAAUCACCCCCCGAUUCUCUAGCCUCAUAAUCAACAUACGCUUCCCGGUAUCAUAUUGUUGCAGAGAGUCGCUGGUUUAAUCUACAAUGGCGGACAUUGAAGAGCGUAUACGUGGCUACAGCAAUUCAUUUGAAGGUCUUCUUUCGCUAGUACCGGAGAAUACAGGAGAUUCGUCACACUUGAAGAGGAAGCAGACAAAGGAGGAGUUAAAGAAGGCCAAAAAGGCUAAGUUAGAUUCUGGAUCAACAGUGGAGGGGGCGCCGGCGAAGGUGGAACAAAGUGAUGAGAAGACUGAGGGAGGGGAUGAGACUCGGAAAAAAACUAAGAUGCCGAGGAAAAAACGGGAGAAGAAGCCGAAGGUUGUCGUUCAGAGUAUCGGGCCUAGAAGGGGUGGCGAGAUAGAGGUUAGGGAGGUUUCGAAGACCGCUGUUGCUAAAGCUACACUAGCUUCGGAGAUUCAGUCAAAUGCAAAUCGAUCAUCUAAUCCGACACUGUCAGGGGUUGGAUACGAGACAACAGGUAACGAGUCGGGAAGUGACGUUGAUGUGCAGAUGGAUUCCGGGGACUCCACUCCACAUUCUCAGUCGACCGCCAUCACCUCCCCGGAUACUGGCGAGUUAGCAUCUGCAAGAGCGUCUGAAGUCGAACUUGAUGCCGUAUUAAGAGCCGAGAAACGUGCCCUCCUCGUAGCGCGCAUCGAAGAACUACGUGCACGGCGGCAAGCUGCCGACGGGACUGGAGCAAAGAACCGCCAGGAGCUAAUGGAAAUCCGGCGGAAAAAGGAACAGGCCAGAAAGGAGCGAAAGAAGCAACAACGUCUAGAAGCCAAAGCUGUGGAGGAAGCAAAACGCAAGGAGGCACAAGCUGUAGUAGCAGGGUCAGCUGAUGGUAAAGGAGGGACUCCUCCAUCACGACAGGAGCAGCUGAAAAAGGGUCUCGUCAACAACUUCUCCUUCAGCGCUGUCACAUUUGACGACGGACAGGAACUCGAUGCUGCCCUUACAGACUUUAAGAAAGCCCGAAAAUCGAAGGGACCCACUGAUACCCUCGGGCAAUUGAAGCAUGUUGAGGCGAAGAAAGCUCGUAUACAAACUAUGGCUCCGGAAAAGCAGGCAAAGGUCGAGGAGAAGGAACUCUGGAGUAAAGCGCUUAAGCAAGCUUCUGGGGAAAAAGUUCGCAACAAUGAGCAGCUACUGAAGAAGUCGCUUAAACGGCAGGAGCAGGUUAAGAGAAAGUCUGAGCGUGAAUGGAAAGAACGCAUCGAAAAUGUCGCGAAAUCCAAAGCCACGAAGCAAAAGAGGCGCGAAGACAACCUUGCCGCAAGAAGAGAACAGAAGAAGGCCGGAAAGCUAGGCAAGAAGAUGCAAAUGAAGAAAAAGAAGAAGGGUGCCCGACCCGGCUUUGAAGGGAGUAUGAAGAGCAAGCCUAGUGGAGGAGGGGGCAGACACCCAAAGAAGGGAGGAAAGAAAUAGAAAUUCAUAUAUUAUAUCAUUGCUUCUUUUGCAUGCUUAGGAUGGGUGGGAGUGGGGUUGAAUGGGUUAAAUCUUCUUUUUGGAUGUUUGAUCUAGGACAGCUGUUCCCAAUAAUAUUCAAGGAAGGCGGGGUGUGAAGAGUGAGAGAAGGGAAAUGUGUUGGCAUCCCUCUCAGUUUAUAUCCUGUAAGUAUCUGCGGGAGUUAGUACUUGUACCUAGAUCUUCCAGUCACGUCCUGGAGCAGAACACACUACGGUAUUAGCGCCGCCCC